UCCUGGCAGGGAGGAGGAGAAGGAAUUCUAUUGUCUCUCCAUUGUCCUAUAAUGUACUCACAUCCUUCCAAGGUAGUCAAGUCAUUGACAGAAAAAUCAAGUGAAGCAUUAUCCACCCUCCUGUUUCUUUUCUUAAUUGGAAGACAUUCUCUAGUUAAAAGUAUAGGUUAACAACGCCCUCGUUCAUUAGCAUCUGUCCUCUUAUUUCCAAUGACAGCUCUUCUCAGCCAUUAUCUUCCCAAAGUGUCUGCUGUGAGAGGACGGUUCUCAGACCUCUCUCAGCCCUGCUCUGCAUCUCUGUUAGCAGGCUGGAGUUGGAUAUUCGUUUAAUGAUCAACAGAAGCGUCUGUCCCUACCACUGAGAUUUUCAGAGAGUAGAAUAACCAGGUCAAUGUUUAACUGCAUUCUUUAGUUCUGGAAUGGCAAAGUAGAAGUUGAAGGGAAGUCUCCAUGGAAACCAGCCUCCCAGGAAGUGGCCAGAGAAGUUAGUGUCGGGGGACAGAACUGGAAAGAUGUCAUGAAGGAAACACCUGUUUUGGUAAGCUGAGGUAAACUCCUGAAACUACUGAACUAAAUCACUCUCCAUAAAGGCCCUCCACGACUCCCCUCCAUCAUGAUUUUCUUCUGAAUAUCUUCAAGGAAAAUGGGCCUGGGCCACUCCAAGCCUCACCCUCGGGUGAUCAAAGUCACACCUUUACAAAGUCAAGAAGCAGAGAUUCCCUCAGCUGGCCCUGUGUUCUAUGCAUUAAAUCGGAACCUAGAAGAAAAGAGCUCAUACCCAUUCUCGAGACUGCAAGGUCAAAAGCAAGCUCUGGAAGGACUGCUACCACCUCUUCGAGAAACCUUGUAUGGAAGACAUCCUGCAGUAUCCAGGCCCAUGUAUCUUGACAUCCCACUGAAAAAUGAAGAAUCAAGCAUUAUCAAAAGGCACCCACCCCGAAGAAUUCAAAAGCUUGAGCCCCUUGACCUGCCACAAGUCAUCACCUCUGAGCGACUCCUGAGCCAGCAAGAAGCCAGAACAAGACACAGAGCAAAGCAGGAACUUGAGAAGAAAAUGCAGCUUCCAAUGUACACUUCUGGGAAGAGACAGUAUUUACAUAAGAUGAAAAUGCUGGAGAUAAACCAUAAGAGACAGGAGGCCCAAAUGGAGUUGGAGAGUCUUCAGAGUAAAGCAAGACUUGAUAUGCAAAAGCUGAAGGACCAUAACGGCAAUAAAAUCACCGAAAGCACGCCAAGGAGCAAUCUCUAUGACAUUAUCACCAUACUGCCUGAUGAAACCAUGAACAGACACCCAGGAAAUCCACGGGAUGAAAAAUUCGUGGAAUAUCACACAGAGAAUGACUAUUGUGUCCGGAAAAUUGGCAAAAUGGAAGCAUGGCUCCGUGAACAAGCAGCCCAAGGACAGCUUUUCUGUGACAGCUCUAGCUCUGACUCAGACGAGCCUGAGAAAAAUCAGAAGAGACCACAAGCACUAGUGAGGACCAGGACAGAGAGGGUCCCACUUUAUGAUGAGUUUUAUGACAGAGAAUGAGAAAACUACACACUACUCCAGGUAGUGAGGACACCGAAUGGUGUGUUUGUUUGUCUGUUUUCAUCAAAGUCAUUUCUGUUCGCACAUGAAGUACUGAGGGAAGUAACUUACAUUGGUACAAUGAAAGGAUGUCAUCUGGAGCCUUGUGGCUAAUGGGUUUGUCAUGUAUGCUGUAAGUCUAGGCCUUAAAACUAAGGGGCUCAAACAAAGGUCAUUUGAUUGUCUUACGUUUCUGUGGGUAGCUGGGCUCAGUGAGGAUGUUCUGUUGAUCUCUUCAUAUAGCUUAUGUAAUUUGACAUCAGAUGGCAGCUGAGACUAGAGUCACAUAGAGGCUGAGCUAGAACUCAAGACAACUGAAAUUUGAUCAUGUUCCAUCCAGUCUGAGUCUCUUGACAGUCUGUGCAGCAAGGUAGUACAUUUCUCCUUUAAACCAGUCCAGUGCUUCUAACAUCAAAUAUUCCAGCUGGAGGAAGCUGGAAGACACAGAAUUGACAAGUGUCUAGUCCUUGAACCCGCCCUAAACCACUUCCACCAUAUCCUAUCAGUUAAUCAAGUCAUAGGACAAUUGCUAGCAAAAGAAAAGUCUACACAAGGGGACAGGUACCUGUGCAUCCUAGAGAUCACCAACACCACCACACAUUUCAAAGCUUGGAACUGUUUUUGUCUUUAGAAGCAAGGUGGUAGCCUUCAAUCCCAGCACUCGGGAGGCAGAGGCAGGUGGAUCUCUGUGUUCAAGGCCAGCCUGGCCUACAGUGUGAGUUCCAGGAUAUCCAGGGCUACACAGAGAAAUCCAGACUUGGUGGGGAAGCGGGGAGUUUAAGAGGCAUGGUGGCAACAUGCAUGUAAUCCCAGCACUGGAGAGGCUGAGUCAGGAGAAUCAUGAAUUCAAGACUAGCCUGGGCUACAAGACAGAAGCCUGCCUCAAUCAACUGAUCAUCAAUAAAGGCAAAUUAAAUUCUAUAAAAAUAGAUGAGAGUAUAUUGUAUAUUUAAAAAGUGAGUUAAAAAAAAAAUCACCGUGAUGCUAUAGGAGACACUAAGAACACUUAGAGCUACUUUUUUAAAAAAGUUGCCCAUAUAGCAAGGGCUCAAGAAAGAGGUAAAUAAAAGCAGGUGUGAAAAGUAAUUGUGGAAUUAAAGCUCCAAAUUAAGACUUCACAUAAUCUACAAAUGGUUUUAAGCAUUUCAAUUUUCAAUAAUUUAGUAAAACUUUAAAGUAAAUCAAAACAAAAAAACCUUUUAAAGCCUUUAGUAGGAAAUUUCCCAAAAGAAAAACUAGAGGAAAGCACCACCUGAGUGUGGUAUUCAGUCUCUUCAAACAGGUUGCUAAGAGACCAAAGCCUGUCAGGAUGACCUCAUGUCCUCCAACAAUGGAGAGUUAUGGGCCUGUCUUUAUUGUAAUUCCUUUCUGUACUUCCUUUUAUGUACUUUGGACAAGAAGCUAAUCUGUACCAAAAGAUAAUUAUCAAUACUAGGUUGUUUGGCCACUAGCCUUCUCCAAAUGGUAGGACCCAUCAGAGGAUAUGCAAAUUCAAAAUACCUCUGAUGUCUUCACGUUUAUAGGGUACCUGGAAACCUUAAAAGAGGAAGGGAAACUCCCAGUGUUCAAGAUUGUGGCACCAGGGACCAGAGAGAUGGUUUAGCAGCCAAGAUCUCUUGUUACUCUUACAAAGGACCCAGGUUGUGUUCCCAACAACCACAGGGCAGUUCACAACUAUCUGUAACUCUAUUCCCAGAGGAUCUGAUGCCCUCUUCUGACCUUUGCAGACACUGCAUACAUGUGGUACAUGGACAUACUUUCAGGCAAAACAUUCAUACACAAUGAAAAUAAAUAAAUCUAAAAAAAAAAAAAGUGGCACCAACGUGCUGUCUAGACUCUGCUCUGUCACACAAAAUUAGACAAAACUUCUCUCUACAAACUCCCUGUGCCAUGACUUCCACUAGAGCGUGGACCACAACCUCUUCCUGUAUUAUUAAUACCUGCACUGUCCAACUUGACAUCUGGCACAGAUUUCAUUAGCAGAUAUUUGUGAAUUACUCAAUUUACCUGUUGAGUCGCCUUGUCAGUUGGGAGGCACUUGUAUCUCCCCAGCUCUGCAUUUGCUCACAGUCCCUUCAUUUCUCAAGACAUAUCAUCCACAAGGUUCAUUAUAUGUAAAGAGGCUUCUCAGAAGUUCUUGGAAUGUGAGCAUCUAAGCGGAUGACCUCAGUCAGACACCCCUGUGAGGUCCAGAAGAUACACCCUAUGCUGGUGAAGUAGAUACACCAUAGCUCCAAGUAUUUUCCAAAACUACAUCAGAAUGUGUUGACUGCAGGGAGAACCACACUGCCUUCUGUGUGAGAGCUGAUUCGCCUGCCCUAGAACCCUUCCUUGGUCAGUUUCUAUCCAGGAUCUGAAAAGAAUAAUGGCUGUAACGUGCAUGGACUAUUCGUGUGUGCGCCAGGCACUCUUCGGUGUGUAACAUGAUUGAUCCUCACACAAGUUUUGUGAGCCAGCAUUAACAUCUCCAUCUAACAAGGACGCAGGACACAAAGGGGCUCAGGGAAGUGCCAGAGUCAUCCAGCAGAACUUCCCUUCAGGCUUGAUCAUUGUUUACCGAUAGUCCACUGAUAGGCCCUUCCCUUCUUUACCAAAUUUACUUCUAAGAACUCGAAUGGUGACCAGCAUCCCAUACUUUUUUCUAUUCCCUGGUUUUGUUUUGGUAUUUUAUUUUGUUUUGAAAGUAUAGGAGCACAUUGGAAAAGAAAAGUGCUCUAUGGGAGAUUUUUUUAGAGGAAGGAAGGAAGGCCUGAUAGACUGUGAUCACAGGGAAGGCUCAAAGUACCUGCAGAAACUUGAGAUAAAUACAAAUUCUACUGUGUCAUUGGGCCUGGAAGUAGCUGGGUAAGCACUGUCCACCCCACCCCCUCAGCCCCAUCCCAGACAUAAUGGCCAUGAUUGGGAACAGCAGUGCUGGGUGCUGACCCCAGGUUAGAAACACCUGUUGCAUGAUCAACUGUCUAUGCAUGUUCUGAGGACUGAGCUCAGGUUGUUAGGAAAGGCACUUUCACUGCCUAUCAGCAGCUGGUCUCACUGGGCCUCUAGAUUUUAUACAGGUGAAUCUAAUGUUUAAAAUAUAGAAUGACUAGGAUUGGAAAUAAAAUCACAGCUAUAACUGUAUAAAUGUUUAACAUCUAUCUAAAGCAACUAUUUCUUUGAUUGAUUUUUUUGAAGUCACAAACAGGAGGCCCAGAGCUCUACAAACAAUGGGAGAAAUGAGCAUUUGCUACUGACAGUCUGAGAACAUCAGUCCUAUAAUACAUCCUGAAUUUGUUCUGGCCAAGCUACAUCCUUCAUAGACAUAGAUGCUGUUGCUGCUGCUGAAAAUUGUAACAUCCAGCUGGAGGCAAAGCUGUUAGUUCCCUACAACUGAAAAAAAAACUCGAGAUUUGGAAAGAAAAAGGCUUUGUCUAUAAUACACAUAUAUACACAUAUAUGGAAUAUUUAGGUAUUCCUUCUUGUUCUGAAGUUUUCAUGAGAAAGCUGUCUCUUUUGCAUAGUUUUGGGAACGUGCUUCUCUCAGUUCUAUUUCUUCUUGUCCUGUGUUAAUGAUGCCUCAGCUACAGGCCAGGGUUACUAAAGGCAGUCUUGUAAAUGAAUGGACAUUGUCUACUUCGAGCACACAGUCUUUAGACUAGGAAACAGAAAGCUGCAGUGAGGGGACAGCUCACUGGCAGCAUCUGACCACUACAUCCAGAUCCCUGAGUUCCAGAGUACCAUCCACAACACUAGGCAAAGUCAGAAUGCACAGACACCACGCAACAUCCUCCCUUCACCAUGGAGCACACUAUUCAAACUGUGACGUAGCAGUGCCUUAACUGUCUUAACAAUAGAAACUUGUUUCCAUUUGUUGCCCUCAGGCCUCACUGAUUUAGCACAAUGUCAGAGAAUUCAAAAGAAAAUACACUAUCUAGGUGAGGAAAGACCAUUAGAAAUCUAAAUUACACUGGGCAGUGGUGGCACAUGCCUGUAAUCCCAGCACUCGGGUGGAAGAAGCAGGCAGAUCUCUGUGCGUUCAAGGCCAGCUUGGUCUACAGAGCAAGUUCCAGGACAGCCAGAGCUACACAGAGAAACCCUGUCUCAAAAAAAAAAAUCUAAAUUACAUCUUAUUUUUAAAGAAAUACUAUUUCAUUCAGGCACAUAAUGAACAAUGGAUACCCAAGUCAGUAGUGAAGGCACAUUUAAAAUACAUUUUCACAGUAAGUCUGUAAUACAUGCAUUCUGGUUUUUUUAAUUUUUUUAAAGAUUUAUUUUUGUGUAUGAGUUUUGCCAGUAUGUAAGUGCACUGUGUGUGCCUGGCACCUGUGGAGGCCAGAAGGUGCCAAAUCCCCUGAAACUAGAAUUCCAGAUGUUUGUGAUCUGUCUGGGUGCAGGGAACUGAGCCUGGGUCCUCCACAAAAGCAGCAAGUGCUCUUAACUGCUGAACCAUGUGUCCAUCCUAUAUACUACUCAUCUAAUCCUGCAUUAAAGAAUGGGUUGUGAGCAUCUACUCCAGGCCAAGCAAGUGCUAUUGCAUGGUUGAGAUUACAGCUGUAGAUACACAAUGCAGUGGGAGCUUGUGAGCAGACAGCCAAGUGUAUGGUAAAGUCUUGCAGGAUUUAUGCAUCAUUAAGAACCAAGCCAGGAAAAAGACUGAGGCAGGAUGCUGACGAAGAGACUCCGUGAAUCCCUGACUCGGGACGAGUCCUGAAUCAAAAGGAAAAAGGUGUAAGCCAUGAGAAAAUCCGUGGAGCAGGCUUUCCAGAGGGCAGUGUGCAAAGGCCAUGAGAUGAAACACAGCAUGCAGUAUUUAAGGGACAACAAGACUAGCAAAGCGGCCAAAGGGGAGUGCAUCCGUUCAUUUUUCUGUUACUAUAACAAAACAUGAGGUCACAUGCUUUCUAUCUUACGUAUAUAUAGGUGUUUUACUCGAAUGUAUGUUUGUUCGUCAUGUGAAUGUGAUGCUGUGAAAGCCAGAAGAGGUUGUAAGAUCCUCUGGAACUGAAGUUAUAAAUAGUUGUGAGCUGCCAAGUGGGUGAGUGCUGCAGAUUGAACCCAGGUCUUCUGGAAGAGCAGCCACUGCUCUUAAGCACUGAGCCAUCCCUCCAGCCACAUCCACACUUUACUUUAAAAAGAAGUCUGUUUGGUCCAGGUUUGGACAGCCCCAUCGACUCAGCUUCUAGUGAGGGUUUUCCCGGCUACAUUAAUAGAUGGUAGCUGGUAUCAUAGUAUAUCACAUGCUAAGACACGUCAGAAAGAUUCAGAAGGCAGGCUCAAUCUGUGUGUGUGAUUUGUAUUUGUGUGUACAGGAUGUACUACUCUGUGUGUGAGUGUGGGUACACAUACCAUAGUGUGCAUGUGGAGGAUGACACAGAGUGUCAGUUCUCGACUUCCACCUAAUCAAAAACUCAGAAUGUUCAACACGACCAUGAGCCCUAAUGCAUGGAAACUGGAGGACAGUGAUGUGUCAUGAAGCUUCUUCAGGUGUAAUUAAUGUGCAAGGACAUCACUCAUGCAGAAGGCUGUGCAUGUCUGGGCACAGGGGUAUUAUAGAAAUGUGCAUCUUGUGGAUAAAAGGGUUUACUGCGUGACUCACUGUGCCACACUACAGCUUCCAUGAUGAAACUGAUUUUUCCUUUUUUUUUCUCUUAAAUUUUAUUUCAUUUUAUUUGAGGAGGGGAAGGUUGCAAGGGCAGGGGGCAGAUAUGGAAGGAUGGGGAAAUGAAUGGGAUUGAGAUGCAUGAUAUGAAAGACACGAAGGAUAAAUAAAAAGAAAUCUAUAUCUUCCACACAAUGUUGCUGUAAGCUAGAAACUGCUCUAGAGUAUAAAUCAUUUCAAUAACUUUAGCUUACAAAGGCUACCAUAGAUGUUACCACCCCAACUUCCUUUUUUUUUUUCAAACAAAAACUCUGAAUCUAAUCUCCCUGUUUAGCUUUUUUCCUGAUGGUUAACAAUUAACAACUUGUAACCAACCAUUGUAAACAAUGACAAUAUCCAUAACUUAUUAAACAACCAAAAUCCUCCCAUCCCACCUCUUGGGAAUGUGGACGUCAUUUUCUUAAAAUUACUUCCUGCUUUCUGGGGGUGAAGACAUCUUUAGGGAAUCCUGAAAAGAAAAUGUUUGGGUUAAUUGGCAAGUCCUGAGAGAGUUAGCUGUAUCAUUUGUCCAGUCUCUGCAUAAUGGGAAAGUGCAGGGCUUGUCUCAAGUACUUGCUCGAGUAGUCGUGAAUUUGGAUCAUCUCAGCUAGCCAUCUCGAAAUUGUCCUGAGCAGUUUGUAGUCCAAAGCCAAUCUUUCCAUGGUGUUAAUGGCUUUACCAUAGUUCAUGUGGAAUCAUCAUUGUGGGAUCCCGUCACCUUUUUGAAGAUUUCAAAGCCACUGAUAGGUGUGGUCAUGGUUCCCUGAAGACUUUUGGAGGGGGGGGGCAGUAAAUUCUGAAAGAUCAGAGAGACAGAAUAAGCCACAGCUACCUCACCUUGCCAGUUCCUCAGCUGAUCCUGUUUCCUCUGACUGGAAGCCUCUGAUUUCCUCAUCCAAAAUGGAUCUCAGCUGAACUGCUGCUCAAAAGCCUAACAGCUUAACCAACUCUAGUUCCUGGUUUUCAUGCCUUAUAUACCUUUCUGCUUCUGCCAUCACUCCCUGGGAUUAAAGGCUCUUGUUACCAUGCCUGGCUGUUUCCAGUGUGGCUUUGAACUCACAGAGAUCCAGAUGGAUCUCUGCCUCUGGAAUGCUAGGAUUAAAGGCAGGUGUGCCACCAUUUUCUGACCUCUAUAUCUAGUGGCUGUUCUGUUCUCUGACCCCAGAUAAGUUUAUUAGGAAGCACAAUAUAUUGUGGGACACAAUAUAUCACAAGACUCCCCAAAAAAAGACCAUUGCCACAUAAUAAUCAAACCACUAAACAUACAGAAUAAAGAAAUAAUAUUAAGAGCAGCAAAGGAAAAAGGUCAAGUGACUUAUAAAGGAAGACCCAUCAGAAUUACACAGUCCUGGACAGAUGUAAUGCAGGCACUAAGAGACCAUGGAUGCCAGCCCAGACUACUAUACACAACAAAACUUUCAAUCACCAUAGACAGAGUGCACAAGGCAUUCCAAGACAAAACCAGAUUUAAACAAAUACCUAUUCACAAAUCCAGCCCUACAGAAAGCACUAGGAAAAAUCCAACCUAAGGAAGUCAGAUGCACCCAUAAAAACACAGGUAAUAAAUAACCCCACAGCAGAAAAUCCCAAAGAAGGAAAAUACACAUACACUACCACCAAAAGAUAACAGGAUUAACAAUCACUGGUCAUUAAUAUCAAUAAUAAUCCCUUAAUAUCAAUAGAUUCAAUUCACCUAUAAAAAGACAUAGGCUAACAGAAUGGAUAAGAAAACAGGAUCCAUCCUGCUGCUGCUUACAAGAAACACACCUCAACUUCAAAGACAGACGCUACCUCAGAGUAAAAGGCUGGGGAAAGACUUUCCAAUCAAAUGGACUUAAGAAGCAAGGUGGUGUAGCUAUCCUAAUAUCUAACAAAAUAAACUUCAAACUAAAAUUAAUCAAAAGAGAUCAGGAAGGACAUUACAUAUUCAUCACAAGAAAAAUCCACCAAGAUGAAGUCUUAACUCUGAACAUUUAUGCCCCCAAAACAAGGGUACCCACAUAUGUAAAAGAAACAUUACUAAAGCUUAAUUCAUAUAUCAAACCCCACACACUAGUAGUGGGAGACUUCAACACCCAACUCUCAUCAAUGGACAGGUCUGCCAGACAGAAACUUAAUAGAGAAAUAAGGAAUCUAACAGAUGUUAUGACUCAAAUGGACUUAAUAGAUAGCUACAGAACAUUCCACCCUAACACAAAAGAAUAUACCUUCUUCUCAGCACCCCAUGGAACCUUCUCUAAAAUCAACCACAUACUUGGUCAUAAAGCAAAUCUCAUCAGCUACAAAAAAAUUGGAAUAAUCUCCUGUAUUUUAUCAGACCACCAUGGCUUAAAGUUAGAUUUCAACAACAAAAAUUACAGAAAGCCUACAGUCUCAUAGAAACUGAAUAAUGCUCAACCUAAUCACCAAUGAGUCAAGGAAGAAACAAAGAAAUUAAAGACUUCCUAGAAUUCAAUGAAAAUGAAAGUACAACAUACCCAAACUUAUGGGACAUUAUGAAAGCAGUGCUAAGAGGAAAAUUCAUAGCACUAAAUGCCCACAUAAAGAAGUUGGAGAAUUCUCAUACUAGUGAUUUAACAGCACACAUGAAAGCUUUAGAACAAAAAGAAGCAAACUCACCCAGGAUGAUUAGACACCAGGAAGUAAUCAAAUUGAAGACUGAAAUCAAUAAAAUAGAAACAAAGAGAACAAUACAAAGAAUCAAUGAAACAAAAAGAUGGUUCCUUGAGAAAAUCAACAAGAUAGACAAGCUCUUAUCCAAACUAACCAAAAGGCAAAGAGAGAACAUCCAAAUUAACAAAAUCAGAAAUGAAAAGGGAGACAUAAAAACAGACAAUGAGGAAAUCCAGAGAAUCAUCAGGUCAUACUUCAAAAACCUGUAUUUCACAAAAUGGCAAAAUCUAAAAGAAAUGGACAAUUUUCUGGAUAGGUACCAAAUACCAAAAUUAAAUCAAGACCAGAUAAACAAUUUAAAUAGACUUAUAACCCCCAAGGAAAUAGAAACCGUUACUAAAAGUCUCCCUCCACACACACAAAAAAAGCCCAGGACCAGAUGGUUCCAGUGAAAUUCUAGUAGAAUUUCAAAGAACUAAUACCAAUACUCUUCAAACUGUUCCACACAAUAGAAACAGAAGGAACAUUACCAAACUCUUUUGAUGAGGCUACAGUUACCCUGAUACCCAGACCACACAGAGAUGCACUAAGAAUUACAGACCAAUCCCUCUCAUGAACACUGAUGCAAAAAUAUUCAAUAAGACAAUCUUUUAUGAGGCUACAGUAACCCUGAUACCCAAACCACACAGAGAUGCAACAAAGAAUUACAGACUAAUCUCUCUCAUGAACACUGAUGCAAAAAUAUUCAAUAAAACACUGGCAAACUAAAUCCAAGAACACAUCAAAAAAAUUAUACACCAUGACCAAGUAGGCUUCAUCCCAGAGAUGCAAAGAUGGUUCAACAUAUGAAAACCAUAUAAACAAACUGAAAGGAAAAAACCACAUGAUCAUUUCAUUAGAUGCUGAAAAAGCCUUUAACAAAAUCCAACACCCCUUCAUGAUAAAGGUCUUGGAGAGAUCAGGAAUACAAGGAACAUACCUAAACAUAAUAAAGGCAAUUUAUAGCAAAGCCAACAGCCAACAUCAAAGUAAAUGGAGAGAAACUCAAAGCGAUUCCACUAAAAUCAGGAACAAGACAAGGCUGUCCACUCUCCCCAUAUCAUUUCAAUAUAGUACACCAAGUUCUAGCUACAGCAAUAAGACAACAAAAGGAGAUCAACAAAUUGGAAAGGAAGAAGUCAAACUUUCACUAUUUGCAGAUGAUAUGAUAGUAUACAUUAGUGAUCCCAAAAAUUCUACCAGGGAACUCCUACACCUGAUAAACACCUUCAGUAAUGUGGCAGAAUACAAGAAUAACUCAAAAAAAUCAGUAGCUCUCCUAUAUACAAAUGAUAAAUGGGCUGAGAAAGAAAUCAGAGAAACAUUACCCUUUACAAUAACCACAAAUAAUAUAAAAUACAUUGGGAUAACUCUACCUAAGCAAGUGAAAGACCUGUAUGACAAGAACUUCAAGUCUCUGAAGAAAGAAAUUACAGAAGAUAUCAGAAAAUGGAAAGAUCUCCCAUGCUCAUGGAUAGGUAGGAUUUACAUAGUAAAAAUGGCAAUCUUAUCAAAAGCAAUCUACAAAUUCAAUGCAAUCCCCAUCAAAAUCCUUACACAAUUCUUCACAUACCUGGAAAGAAAAAUACUCAACUUCAUAGGGAAAAACAAAAAACCCAGGAUAGCUAAAACAAUCCUGUGGUGGUAUUUUCUUUGUUACCCCAAUAAAGUUUAUCUGAUGAUCAAAGGAAAAAGCCAACCACUAAAGUAGACAUAGAGGUCAGGCAAUGAUAGCACAUGCCUUUAAUCCUAUCACCCAGGAGGCAGAGAUCCAUGUGGAUCUCUCUGAGUUCAAGGCCACACACAGGGAACAGAGCCAGGCAUGGUAACACAUGCCUUUAAUUCCAACAUUAGUUAACUAUAAAGGUCUGGAGGUCUGUGCAGACAGAUAGGAAGUCAUGUAGCUGGGCAGAGAGAGGAAAUGAGAUGGCAAAACAGGCACAUAGACAUGGGUAUACAGGAAACAGGGCUCUUUGGAGACUAAGGUAUUGAUAAGGUGAGUUUGUCUGUGGCUUUUCCUAUUCCUCUGAUCUCUCAGAUUUUUACCCCAAUAUCUGGCUCCAGGUUUUUUAUUAAUAAGACCAUUUAGCAAUUCAUCUUACAUUUGGUGGCCUAAUGUUUGUGGCAAGAAUUCACUAAAAAGAUGCUUGUGGCCUUACAGGCCUCUAGCUCAGGCCCGAGUUGCAUGGCUCAGGCCUGAACUACACAUGGCUAGAGUUUCUUUGGCUUUUUCUCUCCUGGUGGGUGGUGGGCUCUCUCUGGAUUCCCAUCUCAGACUGCUACCACACUAGGUAGCUGCUUUGAAAUUCCCUCACACUUCUACUCUUCUACAUAGUCAACAGACUUGAUGAGUCAAUUAAGAUAUCUUGAAGGGAGGAAUUAGUUAAAAGAGAAUUUUUUCCCCACAUUAAAAAAUGGGAAACAUUUUUAUAAUUGAGGGAAUUUGGUCUCUGUUUGAUAACACAUUAGGCAGUCUGAAAAUAGAACAAUUAAAUGAAAAGAUAAUGUUGAUGGGAUUUACAUAACAUCAAUUAUGAAUUUUUUUUGAUCAUUUUUAUUUUAGCAUUAAAAAGGUUGGUCAAUUUGAGUGACAAGAUAAAAGUUUUAGAAAAACCUGUUAAAAUGGUUUAGAGAGAAAUUCAGACCCAGACAGAAGAACGUAAAGGUGAACCUAUCUCAACAUUGAAUUAUAUGAUUACAGAGAAACAGCCUAAGGUUUCCAGACAGCAAACAUUAAUCUACCGGGUAACCUUAUAGGAAAUGCCAAAUGUUCAAGGGUAUGUAUGAGCUAACUGGACUCCAGGGGAAAUGUUAGAUUUGAGGAGAUUUAAGAAGCUAUAGUAUCAUAUGGUAUGCAUUCUCCAUUUGUAAAUCUCAUGGUCAACUUGUAAUAGAAUUAUGCCUCAGGACUGGAAAGAUUGGAGAACCUGGUUUAAAGAGGAGGAUAAAACUACAGAACAAUGAUGUAGGACUAGAGGCGUGGACAUUUCCUAGGAUCAACUUUUUGGAGAAGGUGAUUAUGCUGAUAUACAAAUACAAUGUUUAUGUGAUAACCAAAUCCUAAUUCUAUGCCACAUGGCAGCCAUGAAUGUGUAGGACAGAAUUGAACAAGCAGAGAAGAUAAUUGAGUCAUUUACAAAAGUUAUAAGGACCCAAAAGAAACUUUCACAGAUUUCUUACAAAGGCUGUCUUCAACAGUAAAUAGAAGGAUGCAAAAUUCAGAAGCUAGACAGAUAAUUGAAUCUUUAGCUUUUGGGAACACUAAUGCAGCAUGAAGAGGGUAGUUAGGCUGUUAAAGGCAAGAUCAGCACCCUUGGAGGAUUGGAUGAGGGAUACAAUUAAUAUUGAAUCUUAUGUCCAUGAUGAUAGGAGAGGUGAUUUCAAGAGGGUUGAAGAAUAAUAAUGUCAGAUGCUUUAAUUGUGGCAAACAAAGUCACCUAAAAAGGGACUGUAAAUAGGGCAUUCCCAGAAACAAUGUUUCUUCAAGGAACAAUGGCAACAGAAAGCCCCUCCCUUCUAGAUUAUGCAGGUGUGAUAAAGGCAAACAAUGGACUAACUAAUGUAGAUCAACAAGGGACAGACAAGGUAAUCCUUUGCCUUUGCCAUUGGGAAACUCCUUGAGGGGCCUCCCACAGGCCCCAUGGCAAAUCCAGUUCAGUCCUUUCCUGCCAUCAUAGGAGAAAACCCUUCUCAGAGUAAUUAAAUAACCAAAUGCCUAUUGUAAUAAACCAUACUGCUCAGGAUGAUAGAACAGCUAUAGCAGAGAAAACAGGAACUUCAGGAGAAACCAUAAAGCAAAUUUUUUUUAGCAAACUUCUAUAAAUGAACAAAGACCAAAAUUAAAAAUACAAAUAAAUGACGUUCUCAUGGAGGGUCUUGUAGACAUAGGUGGGGACAUCACAAUUGCACCAGAAUCUUGGCAUCCAAAUUGGCCUCUUCAGGAGGUAAAUGUUCAGCUUUUAGAGGUUGGAACAUUAUCUCAAGUGAAACAGAGUGCAAGAAGGGUCGAAUGUAUAGGGCCAGAAGGACAGAGAAGAAAAUUAAAGCUAUAUGUGGCUAAUAUAGCUAAGAAUUUAUGGGGCCAUGAUCUAUUAUAACAAUGUAACAACAUUCCUCCAACCUCAGAAACAAGCCAUAAACUAAGACAUGUUUCUGAGAGAAAUAUUAGAAGGUAUUAUAAAGAACAGUCACUGGCCAUCCAGAUUGUACACGAACAUGGCACAACAGCUGCUGAUCUUCCAAACACACCAACAGCCAUACCUUUAAAAUGGUUAACAGAUGAGCCUGUAUGGGUUCAGCAAUGGCCUUUAACAAUAGAGAAACCACAGGCCUUGGAAAAGCUGGUACAAGAGCAGUUAAAUGCUCAGCAUAUUGAAGAAUCAACCAGACCUUGUAAUUCUCCAGUAUUUGUUAUUAAAAAGAAAUCUGGUAAAUGGAGAAUGGUAACAGACCUAAGAGCAAUUAACAAGGUAAUUUAGCCAAUGGGCUCUCUACAAUCUGGAAUUCCUUUGCCUACUUUGUUACCUAAAGGAUGGCCUCUUACAGUUAUCAAUUUAAAAGACUGUUUCUUCUCAUUACCCUUACAAGAAAGACAGAGACGGGGAAAGGAGAGGACAGGCAGAGAGGAGAUGCCAGCCACAGCCAUGAGAAGCAAGAUGUGAAAGUACCAGUAAGCCACAGCCACAUGGCAACUUAUAGAUUAAUAAAAAUGGGUUAAGUUAUAAGAGCUAGCUAGCGAGAAGCCUGUCUUAAGUCAUACAAUUGGUAAUUAAUGUUAAGCCUCUGAAUGAUUAUUUUGUAAGCUGCCAUGGGAUCUUGGGGGCCAGGCAGGACCAGAGGAAAGUGGGACCAUGGGGCCUGUGAAGGACCAGAGAAAUCUUCUGACUACACAAUCCUGUACAAUAAAGCAACUACUGGAGGCAUCACCAUCCCUGACCUCAAGCUCUACUACAGAGUUUGGUAUUGGCAUAAAAACCAACAUGUGGACAAAUGGAAUCAAAUUGAAGACACUGACAUUAAUCCACACAACUAUGAAUGCCUGAUCUUUGACAAAGAAGCCAAAACUAUACAAUGGAAAAAAGAAAGUGUCUUCAACAAACGGUGCUGGCACAACUGGAUGUCAACAUGUAAAAGAUUGCAAAUAGAUCCAUAUCUAUUGCCAAGCACAAAACUCAAGUCCAAGUGGAUCAAAGACCUCAACAUAAAUCCUGUUGCACUGAACAUGAUAGAAGAGAAAGUAGGAAGUAGUCUUGAACACAUUGGCACAGGAGACCACCUCCUAAAUAUAACACCAGUAGCACAGACACUGAGAGCAACAAUUAAUAAAUGGGACCUCCUGAAACUAAGAAGCUUUUGUAGGACAAAGGACAUGGUCAGUAAGACAAAACAACAGCCUACAGAAUGGGAAAAGACCUUCAUCAACCCCACAUCUGACAGAGGACUGGUCUCCAAAAUAUAUAAAGAACUCAAGAAAUUAGACAGCAAAAUACCAAACAAUCCAACUUAAAAAAUGGGCUACAGAGCUAAACAGAGAAUUCUCAACAGAAGAAUCUCAAAUGGCUGAAAGACAUUUAAGGAAUUGCUCAGCAUCCUUAGUCAUCAGGGAGAUGCAACUCAAAACAACUCUGAGAUACUAUCUUACACCUGUCAGAAUGGCUAAGAUCAAAAAUACUAAUAACAGUAUUACUAUGUUGGAGAGGAUGUGGAGCAAGGGGAACACUCUUCCACUGUUGGUGGGGAUGCAAACUCGUACAGUCACUUUGGAAAUCAUUAUGGUGGUUUCUCAGAAAAUUGGGAAUCAAUCUACCUCAAGACUCAGCUAUACCACUCUUGGGCAUAUACCCAAGGGAUGCUCAAUCAUCCCUCAAGGACACAAGCUCAACUAUGUUCAUAGCAGCAUUAUUUGUAAUAGCCAGAACCGAGAUGCCCCUCAAUUGAAGAAUGGAUAAAGAAAAUGUGGUACAUAUACCAAUGGAGUACUACUCAGCAGCAAAAAACAAUGACAUCAUGAAAUUUGCAGGCAAAGAGAUGGAACUAGAAAAUAUCACCCUGAGUGAUAAUCUAGACUCAGAAAGACAAACAUGGUAUGUACUCACUCAUAAGCAGAUACUAGAUGUAAAGCAAAGUAUAACCAGAUUACAACCCACAGCUCCAGAGAGGCUAGCUAACAAAGAGGACCCUAAGAGGGAUGCAUAGAUCACCCUGGGAAAGGGAAAUAGAUGAGAUCUCCAUGAGUAAACUAUGUUGGGUGGGGGCAAUAGAGGGUAGGGGAUGGGGGGUGAGAACAUAAGGGAACAGAAUGGUCCAGCUGUAACAGGGACAGCAUGGGAGAGCAAGGAAAGAGAUACCAUGAUAGAGGGAGAUAUCAUGGGGAUAGGAAGAAAUCGGGUGCUAGGGAAGUUCCUAGGAAUCCAUAGGGAUGACCCUAGCUUAGACUGCUAGCAAUUGGUGGAAAGGGUGCCCGAACUGGCUUACCCCAGUAAUCAGAUUGGUGAAUGCCCUAACUGUCAUCAUAGAGCCUUCAUUCAGUAACUGAUAGAAUCAGGUGCAGAGAUCCACAGCCAAGCGCCAGGCCAAGCUCCAGGAGUUCAAAGAGAGACAAGAGGGAUUCUAUAAGCAAGGGGCAUCAAGAUCAUGAUGAGGAAACCUAUAGAGACAACCAAACCAAACUAGUUGGAACUCAUGAACUUUAGACCAACAGCUGUGGAGCCUCCACUGGACUGGACUAGGCCCUCUGCAUAAGAGACAGUUGUGUAGCUUGAUCUGCUUAAGGAGACCCCUGGCAGUAGGAUCAGGAUCCAUCUCUGGUGCAUAAGCUGGCUUUUUGGAGCCCACUACCUCUGGUGGGACACCUUGCACAGCCUUGAUGCAGGGAGAGGGGCUUGGACCUUCCUCAACUGAAUGUACCAGGCUCUGCUGACUCCCCAUGGGAGGCCUUACCUUGUCAGAGGAGGGAAUGGGGGUUGGGUUGGAGGGGGAUGCUGGGGGACAGGAGGAGGGAAAAGAGGGGAAUCUCUGGUUGUUAUGUAAAAAUGAAUAAAAAAUUUCUUAAUAAAAACAAAAGGAAGAAGCACAUUCCAAAUAAAGACACAAAUGGCUAGAGAUAAAAGAACAGGAUAGACAACACCAGCACUAAAAGACAAAACAAUCCUCUCGCAUAAUCAUAGUAGUGUAGACAAAAUAGACUGAAGGGCCUGUAACAGGCACACUCACUAUUAGUAGCUCAAGUAUGCAAUCUCUCAAUUUGGCAAGAAGAGAAGUAUUUCACACCUCACUCGUGUGAAAUCUACCCCACAAGGAAUCUGUCAUGACAGUGGACAUCCCACCUUUGAGAAGGCAGGAUUGAGCACUUUGGUGGCAUCACAUGGAGUUAACAACCAGUUUCCCAAAAAAGGGUUUCAAAGAUUUAAUAAAAGCAAGUGUCCAU